CUAACCUAAAACCCUAGUCAAAAGACUCAAAACCCUUGAAACCAAAAAUUCAACUGAAAUUUUCUCAAACAUUUCCCUCUCAACUCCAAUGGCAUCAACAAUCUUGAAGAAAGCUCUCAACUUCUCGGCAAUAAACCCACCCAUCUUUAUAAGAGCAUACAGCACAGCCAAAAGAAACAAUCUUUAUUCAAGAAUUAGUCCUCUUGGUGACCCAAAUUUAAGUUUAGUCCCAGUUCUUGACCAGUGGGUUCAAGAAGGCAAGAAGGUCAAGGGGGCCGAACUCCAGCAUAUCGUCCGUAAUUUACGCGCCCGCCAAAGGAUCCAGCACGCUCUUCAGGUUUCUGAGUGGAUGAGCAGCAAGGGCCUACCAUUUUCAGUUGGUGAGCGUGCUGUGCAGUUGGAUUUGAUUGGUAGAGUUCAAGGGCUAGAGGCGGCAGAAAGUUACUUCAAUAGUUUAAAUGAUGAAGAUAAAAUAGACAAAGUUUAUGGUGCUCUUUUAAAUUGUUAUGUCCGAGAAGGCCUUGUUGACAAGUCUCUCGCCCAUCUGCAGAAGAUGAAGGAUCUGGGUUUUGCUUCCUCUGCUCUCAGUUAUAACAGUCUCAUGUGCCUGUACAACCAUACUGGCCAAUUUGAGAAGAUCCCUGAUGUGCUGUCAGAUAUGAAACAAAACGGUGUCUCCCCCGACAACUUCAGCUAUAGAAUUUGCAUGCAUGCUUAUGGAGCAAGGUCUGAUAUUGGCAGCAUGGAGCAUAUUUUAGAAGAGAUGGAGAACCAACCUCAUAUCACCAUGGACUGGCUUACAUAUUCCACGGUGGCCAGUGUCUAUAUCAAAGCGGGUCUUAAAGAGAAAGCAUUAAUCUAUCUUAAAAAAUGUGAAGAGAAGGUAUCUAAAGAUGCUGUAGGCUAUAAUAAUCUUAUCUCAAUGUACGCAACUCUUGGAAAUAAAGAUGAGAUGAUGAGGUUUUGGGGUCUCCAGAAAAGAAAUUCUAAGAAGCAGAUCAAUAGGGAUUAUAUAACCAUGUUGGGUUCUCUAGUGAGGAUUGGUGAACUCGAAGAAUCUAAAAAAUUGUUCGAGGAGUGGGAAUCAUCUUGUGAAACCUAUGAUUUCCGAGUGCCAAAUGUUCUCCUUUUUGGGUAUUCUCAGAGGGGAUUGAUCGAGAAUGCUGAAGCAAUGCUAAGAGACAUAGUCAAAAAAGGGAAGACUCCAACUCCAAAUAGUUGGUCUAUUGUUGCGGCCGGAUAUCUUGAUAAGCAGAAUAUGGAAAAGGCUUUUGAGUGCAUAAAAGAAGCCCUGGCUGUACAAGAAGAAAAUAUACGGUGGAGACCCAAACCUUUGUUGAUUUCUAGCAUAUUGAGCUGGCUUGGUGAUAUCGGUGAUGCUGACGAUGUUGAAGCUUUCAUUAGCUCAUUGAAAAAUAAGGUUCCGAAAAGCAGGGAAAUGUUCCACGUAUUGAUUAAGGCGUAUACCAGAAGUGGGAAAGAAGUGGAUGGGCUUUUGGAGAGUAUGAAAGCUGAAAACAUAACUGAAGAUGAGGAAACUAAGUCGCUCCUUAGUUGAAGAUAGCAAUAGGCUAAUGUUUCAAUAGGUUUUUCUCCCUAAUUUCGGCAUGUUGAUGUUUUUAAGCUGAAGUAAAUCAUAAACUCAAUGCUAGCAAUUCUGAUAAUAUGAAUGUUUGUAGAGUCAGAGAAAGUAUUCCAAAAUGAGUCUUGGCCCUGGUAUAAGAUGAUUGCUUCACAGCAUGUAACUAU